AUGGACUCAGGCGCGACCGAUUUCACGGGUAUGGUCUCAACGAUGAAGGAAAAGGAUUGCUUGAAAGGGUGGGAUGUCAUGGUCGCUUACCAGGCCGACGCCAUCAACCAACUGUUUGCGCAUCAAGCAAGUAAGCUGGGGCUGCUUCAACAGCAUCAUUUCGUCACCACCAUCCAAGAUUUUGGCGGAGAUGACAUUACUGUCGACCUCUACGUCCAGCUUUCCACUCCGGAGUUGCAAUUCAUCGACACCACCAACCAGGUGGAUCUGAUUUGUGGUCUUGCUGGAUACGCUACGGAACGUAUCCCCGGUGGCAAAACAGAACAGAUUCCACCCAAUCUGCAAUUGAGGAUAGCCACCAGCCUCGUCAAUGUCAAAGGGACCUUGGAGAAUACGUUCACUCCAGCCCCAGAUGACAAAAACCCUCCCGUGGGCACCGGCUACCCAGUCACCAUAGACCCAGGGGAAGCAGUCGGACGAGGAAUUUGUCUGGAUUUCGGUCCACCAGGAUCGCCGACGACUGUCACGGUGGAGCCGGUUCCGGGAACGAAUCCACCUCCAAGUCUGGCUCUGGUAUCCAGCCUGGUCGUCGGUGAGAUAACAGCUUACCUCAACAGUGCGGAGCUGUCAUAUUUCAUUGCUGGCAUCAGCAAUAGCCACGAUGUGAAAUCUGUGACGACACUUCAACCCAAGUCUUUCUGUUUCACCAUGAGCGCCCCGGACCCGAGCAAGGACAUCAAGGGAGCACUGUGCAUGUGGAUGGCGUUGGGCGAUAGUCCUGGCAGCGAUAACCCAACCUUUAGUCCCACUUCGGAUGGCCAACCUAUGUCGCCAUUGCCCACAGGAAACCUGGCCACCAUUUACUUUAGCCAUAUGACCAUGGCUAAUUAUUUCCUCAUGCCCUUUUUGUCUCCGCUGUACCAGCAAUUUACCUGCACUUCCGUGCUCGGCGACGAGGGCAUGAUCUUCGCCUACAAAUUUCCUCCACAGAACAUCAACGUGCCUGGAUAUCCAACAGAUGCCGGUGACCCUGGUACCGGCUACGUGAACGGCUCCAGUUUCAAUUUUCAGGAUGGCCAAGGCACGUUGACCCUCCUGACGGCCACAAAUAGCAACCCUCAUGCUGGGGCAGCCGUUUACGUAGGACCAACUCUCAAUAUUGGCUGGGGAUAUACGACUACGACCGUAGAUCCGCUCGCGGGGCCCAUCGAGCACGAUCAUAGCGGAAGUGUGAAUGCUACCUUCUUUCUCAACGGUCGAGCUGAUUGGCAGAAUGCUGAUACCACCAAUCCAAACGAGCUGAAGAUGUCUGUGUCUUAUCCUGGGAACUUUAGCAACACCGUGGUUGCACAGCAGCCGUCUGGAUGGGACGAAUGGGCAAAUGGAGCUGUGGGUGGCAUUCCUCCCGAGUGGCAAUCUAUCUCAGUCGCGGCGCCCACACAGCAGGCCAAUUUGUCGAUGGACUAUUUCUUGACGACCAAUCUGCUCUUUCCCGGCCAAGUGGUCUUUCAGGCUUCGGAUGUGACAGCACAGUCUCGGCCUUCGCCCACCCCUCCCGUGUCAGGCAUUGCUACUCCGCGCGACACCUUCUUGACCGGUUCGAUCAACCAGAAUGCAGCUCUCGACAGUGUGAGAUUGCGCAAUCUGGAUUUGCACAGGAAGAGGAGCAGCGGCGGCGGCGUUCCCGUUCAACCGCCUCUAUCAGCAUAUCAACUGAGUAAGCAAGCCAUGAUCGAUCAGCUGAAGUCUGCCAUUUUGUCAAAUCCGGCCGAUCCAUUCUUGGGAGACCUUAUCCAGGCGACCGCCAGUGCUGGCCCCGAGGGCGUCGACCAAACUCUUCUCCUGCUCGAACAGAAUGGAUAUGGCGAUCUUGAGGUUGAUGACUUUCUGGGUAUGGUUUACACGUCCACCACGGCUGUACUGUCGCCGGACCAAAGCCCCGCGCCGGCGGGUUCUGUCGACAAGAUUGAUCUGCGCAUGUUUGGUGGCAUCUACAGAGUCACCAGCCCAGCCUCACACAAGGGGAGAAUCCUCACGGUCAACCCCCUCAACGGGUCAAUACUGUACAUGGCAGUCAACACCAUCCCGACCCAGACCCAGGAUGCUUCCUCUGGCCUGUGGACCAUUACCUGGGAUGUGGGUGGAGUGGCGUUCCAGGUGGUUUUUGGGAUCUCCUUCGACCAAAAUUCUCCGGGAGCCACUUCCUUCACAGGCUCCUUGACAUCGAAGGACGGCGUGGCCGAAACCUUCGCCGGUACAAUGAUCAAUCCUCCGUCUAGGGCAGAUCUGGAGCGGCGCCCAUCCGAGUCCAGGUCGGCGUUGGAAAGGAUGUCCCUCCUCCCAGAUGACUCCACGGACGAUGCAGCCACUAUAUUUGGACUCCUUUCAGACGGCUUGAGCGUCAUCUCACUGAUCCUCACCGUCGCAGCGAUGUGGUGGUCAAGGCAUGACGGGAAAGAAAAGGCCGAGGCCAAAGCCCGGAUCGAAGGGCUCGAGACGGCCAAUAAACAGAGAUUCGACGACGCCAAAGCCCAUUUGGAUACUCGUUUGGGAGCGAUGGAGGCGGCGAGCAUCCGGUCCAUCAUUCAGGCUCAAAGGGAAGAUAUGAGACAGUUGCUCGAACAAGUCAUCGAGCCCGGGAUCCGGAGAGCGAUUGACAAUCAGCUGGAAGCAAAAUACAGGGACCAGGUCCAGCAAGGGAUAGCCAGCGGCGCGCCUCCGAGCAGUGCGAUGAUCUCUGACAUGCAGGCUACUGGAACGGUGGUGGCGGGUCAAGACCUGCGAGAUGCCGUGAAGGGCCUUGCCGAUACCAGGACGAACCCACCACUCAAUGCAUUCGCUACCGCGCACAUCAUUGAUCCCAAUGCGCAGAUCUCCAUCACCCAGGCGCAGGUCGGCGUCGUCACGAACGAGCACGUCGAGGCCCUCGCCAACCCUCCGGCAGGUGGUGGCGCCAGCUUCCUCGAAGCAGCUGCCACGGCAGGGGUCAACGGCUUCGUGGCCAGCGUCGCGACGACCAUGGCCACAAGUAUGGCCCAACAGGUCGCGAACGGCCAGGCGACCGUGCAGCGAACCACCGCGGAGCGCGAGGCCGCCCAGAAAGCGUACGAGGAAGCAAAAGACAUUGCCAGUCGGCCGGACGCGACAGCGGAGCAGAUCCAAGCUGCCGCGGAUCUGGAGACGGAGCUUCACAAGCGGGUGGACGACGAACGGGCCGCCAUGGAAGACCAGGAGGAAUUGGAAGGCAGGGCCGAUUUGAUCGACCAGAGCGGAGAGCAGGCCAGCGAGGAGAGCGAAAAGGCCGAAAUCGAACUCAAAAAGGCCGCGGAAAACGCAGAAUGA